GAGGUGAAGCCCAACGGCAAGGUUGCCAUCGUCUCGGGAGGCAAGAUGACCAAGGCCUACGUGAUUGCGCGGCAGCUCAAGGCGCAGGGGUGCCGCGUCGUCCUCCUUGAGACGUCCAAGUAUUGGAUGGUCGCCUCGCGCGCGAGCAACUGCGUCGACCGCUUUGCGAUGGUGCCGCUGCCGGAGAAGGACCUCGCCGGCUACCUCGACGCGGUGCGCGCGCUCGCCAUCGAGGAGAAGGCCGACCUCUUCAUUCCCGUCACCUCGCCCGCGGCGUCCGAGUACGAGGCGCAGGUUGCGCCCGUCCUGCCCGCUGGUUGCGUCUCGUGGUCGCUCGACCUGGAAACCGUGCGCGACCUGGACGACAAGACCGCCUUCUGCAGCAGCGCGGAGAGGCUCGGACUGCCCGCGCCGCGCUCGCACCGCGUGGCGUCCGACGAGGAGGCGCACGCCUUCAACGAGAAGCUCCUCGCGGAGGCGGCUACGGCCACGGCUGGCGCGGAGACGCGCUACAUCCUCAAGAGCCUCGCCUACGACUCUAUGCACCGGCUCGACCUCUUCACGCUGCCCUGCGCGCCCGACAACCCGUGGAUCAUCCAGACCUUUGUGGUCGGCGACGAGUACUCGACGUGUGCGCUCGUCAAGGAGGGCCGCCUGCUCGCCUUCACCGACAACCGCGCGUGCCUCUCCUGCUUCAACUACACGCCCGCACGCAGCGAGGCGCUGCGCUCGUGGGUGCGCGACUUUUGCGCCGCGCGGCGGCUGAGCGGGGUUGUCUGCAUCGACUUCAUCGUCGACGCGCAGAGCGGCACGCCGUACGCGAUCGAGUGCAACCCGCGCUUCUCGUCGAACGUGCUCAACCUGUUUUGGAACCCCCCUUUUGGGGGGGCCCUCUUCCGCCCCCACAAGGGGGGGGGAGUUGAGGCCUUUUUUUGGCCCCCCCCCCCCCCCCCCCCCCUGCAGAUCUGGGCGCUGCUCUCCAAGAGGCCCUUCUCCUUGCGAUCCGCGGGCGCGCUCCUGUCGACGGUGGCGACGAAGAAGGACGCCUACUUUGACGUGGCGGAUCCGCUGCCCUUCAUCGCGCACCUCUUUGUGCACAUCCCCGCGCUCCUCGCGCGCAACUUGAGCACCGGCAACAAGUGGGCUAAGAUCGACCCGUGCAUUGGAAAGUUGACGGAGGAGAAUGGCGAC